AUGACUUGUAUGUCUUGUGUCAAUAAUAUCAAAGGAGUGGUUGAGCCCAUGGCUGGCGUCCGUAAUAUCGAGAUUUAUCUGAAAGAAAACGAGGCUUUCCUUCAGUUCGACAGUCAGAUAGUGUCGGCACAAGAGAUCGCUCAGCGUAUCGACGAAAUGGGGUUUGACUGCAAAGUCAUUGACAAACCCUCCGUCAACCACGACAGUCCACUCAAUUCAGUGACCAUUCAAACGCCAAACUCAGAGAAACAUAAAAAAGUUGCUAAUAUUACGAGCGAUCAUAUUGUGUACAAACGACCAGAAAGUCAGUCAAAAGGGAAAUAUUCGGACAGAAUUGGCAUCGAUUUGAAUGAUUUGGAGAAAUGUGUGCUAAAGGUGUCGGGCAUGACCUGCGCCUCGUGUGUGGCCAACAUUGAGCGCAACUUAAGUAAAGUGGAGGGCAUUGAAGGCGUAUUAGUGGCGCUGUUAAGUCAAAAGGCAGAGAUCAGGUACGACGCCGCCUAUGUUAUGCCCCAACAGAUCGCAAACAUUGUCACAGAACUGGGGUAUCCGUCGACUGUCAUCGAGUCAUACCAGACGAGCGAUGGAGAGAUCGAGCUUAGGAUCCAACGGAUGACGUGCUCCUCAUGUGUCCACAAAAUCGAGUCAACGAUUGGCAAACUCGCGGGCGUUAAGAGUGCGGUCGUGUCGUUGUCCACAAAUAAGGGUCGCUUCGUGUUUGAUCCGGAGGUGACGGGUCCCCGGAAUAUAGCCGACGCCGUCAACCAUCUCGGCUUUGAGUGCUAUCCCAUUACAGACCUCUCGAUGACAAACGCCUCGUAUUUGUCGCAAAAAGAAGAGGUGAAGAAAUGGCGGAACUCUUUCUUCUUUUCGCUGCUGUUCGGCGUCCCGUCGAUGAUAGUUAUGAUGUAUUUCAUGCAUAAGAUGUCCGUCGAGGACAACGACCACAUGAUGUGCUGUCUUCUGCCGGGACUGUCGGCCGAAAACUUCUUCCUAUUCCUGUUGUCAACUCCCGUGCAGUUCAUUGGCGGCCGUUAUUUCUAUAUACAGGCCUGGAAGGCAAUUAAGCACCGGAUGGCCAACAUGGAUGUGCUGAUAAUGUUGGCCACGAAUAUCGCCUACUUUUAUAGUGUGGCAAUACUGCUGUACUUCAUGGCGAUGGGCGCCCAUCACAGCCCGCGUACAUUCUUCGAGACACCGCCAAUGCUUUUGGUGUUCAUAUCAUUGGGCCGAUGGCUCGAACACAUCGCCAAAGGCAAGACAUCGGAAGCGUUGGCCAAAUUGAUGUCACUUCAGGCCACGGAAGCUAUUCUUGUGGAAUGGGAUUCCAAUCUGAACCGAACGCUUACGGAGAAGUCGAUUGAUGUGGAACUCGUCCAGAGAGGCGAUUAUCUCAAAGUAGUUCCCGGCGCUAAGAUUCCGGUCGACGGCCGUGUAGUCUAUGGACACUCGAUGGCCGACGAGAGUCUCAUAACUGGUGAGUCACUACCAGUUGCCAAACGGGUCGGCUCUCUAGUGAUCGGGGGAUCCAUAAACCAAAACGGAAUGAUUAUAUUGUGCGCGACUCACGUGGGAAAGGAUACGACUCUCUCGCAGAUCGUGAAGUUAGUAGAAGAGGCGCAGACAUCCAAAGCGCCGAUACAACAGUUGGCCGACAGAAUCGCCGGCUAUUUUGUUCCCGGAGUCCUGUUUGUGUCGAUAACAACACUCAUCUCAUGGAUUCUUAUAGGCUAUUACUUCCACGAAGUGAUUCGCGCCUAUCAUAUGUACCAAUACGUGGACAUCUCGGACCAUGAAGUGGUGUUUCAGUUUGCGUUUCAAUGCGCACUCACUGUCCUGUCCAUCGCCUGUCCCUGUUCAUUAGGGUUGGCCACACCGACCGCCGUAAUGGUGGGAACGGGUGUCGGAGCUAUUAAUGGGAUUCUAAUAAAAGGCGCCGAACCCCUAGAAAUGGCACACAAAGUGAAAUGUGUUGUCUUUGAUAAGACGGGAACCAUAACACACGGGACACCAAUCGUAACCAAAAUUAUUUUGUUUAAUACGACAAAAGAGGAGCGAUUGUCUCCUUUACGUUAUUUGAAGCACUUGUUGGCAGUGAUCGGAACCGCUGAGAACAACUCCGAACACCCCAUCGCUGACGCCAUUUGUAAUUAUGUGAAGAAAGCCCUCGAAAUCGACGUCUUCGGCACAUGCGAUAACUUUGUCUCAGUUCCCGGCUUUGGUCUCCAAUGCCUCGUCUCUAACAUCGACUCCAUUACCAACUCAGAGUGGAUGACUCGCAACGAACUCGAGGUCUCCGCAGAUAUGGAUCUAUUGAUGAGACAACACGAACAAUGCGGACAAACAGCCGUCGGCAUCACUCGCGUGUUUGCCGAAGUGUUGCCCUCACAUAAGGUUAAGAAAAUCAGACAAUUGCAAGAGACGGGCAUCAAAGUAGCUAUGGUUGGCGACGGCGUGAACGACUCGCCCGCCUUAGCCCAGGCCAACAUUGGCAUCGCUAUAGCCAAUGGCACUGAUGUGGCCGUCGAGGCGGCCGAUGUGGUGCUCGUGAGAAAUGAUUUGCUGGACGUGAUCGGAGCCAUUGAUUUGUCCCGGCGGACGGUCCGACGAAUUCGACUCAACUUUUUAUUCGCCAGCGUUUACAACCUGUUAGGCAUCCCAAUGGCCGCCGGAGUCUUCCUCCCUUGGGGUAUAGUCUUAAAGCCAUGGAUGGGAUCGGCGGCGAUGGCUCUCUCCUCUGUAUCCGUAGUCUGUUCUUCACUUCUCCUCAAAAUGUAUAAAAAGCCCACAAAAAGAAGUCUUGAGACACAGGAAUACCUGGAGUUCGAGCUAAUGACAAGAGAUUUGAGGAAUAACACCGAAUUCGAUGACAUUUCCAUACAUCGAGGCCUCGAAGACACGAAUAUACCGGAGCCCAAGGGGUCGCUAAUUAGUGCCAAUUUAAGUAAAGUGUUGAAUAUGAUGCCCGUCUCAUCCAAAUCCAUCAUCAGAAACGACAAGAGCUCUCAACCAUUACUCGAUAGUCACGAUAACCCA